UCACCUGAGUGCUGUUUUACGUAAGCCCCACAUUGCACAAGCCUCCAUCCAUCUGCCUCCUUUUCCCCUACAAAAUGGAUUUUCUUGCUUGUCAGAUAACAAUCUUCUGUACAUGGCGAAAGCCUUGAAUUACUGCACCGACUCAUCUUGAAGGGGAAAUGAGAAAACACAAGAGAAGCCCGGAUCCCCUUUGUGUUAGCUGAUUGAAAUGCUGCACUGUGUUCGAAAUUGUUUUCCCGACCUUAUAUGGCUACGUGGGUGCAGUCGUCUCCAACGCAUGGCACGCAGCCAACCUCCCCAGCUCACAACGACUCUCCGCCAGAAUGAAUUUAGAUCUGCCAGACCCAUACAACUAUGCAAGAGGAUUCUGCCAGCCUAUGGUCUCUCCUCCUCUGUAACGUUUUCAGAUAUUACACACGAAGCCAUCUUGAUCUUCAUUGACAUAUUUCCUUCUGCUCUGAAUGAAAGAGUCUGGGUAGGGGGUGAAUUAGCUCUUGUUUUCGAACGUGUAAACCUCGCCCAGUCAUGGCGCAGCAUUAUUUUCGAGCACAUAAUGAUCUCCUUUGUGUAUGAGUGUGUGUGUGAAGAAGCCAUUUUGAAAAGAGAACAGCAGAGAAGCCAUUUAACGACAGUUCAUAUCAAAGGUCGCUUUGGACAUGGGGCGACAGGGAGAAAAUUCUAGAAGAUGAACUUAGCCCUUAGUUUUUUUUAAAAGAAAAUGUUUACUUACAUAACUACUCAUUCCCCACAAGGAUUACAGUUAUUUUAAUUGCCAUGCGUUCGCAUUUUACGGCUGUCCUGUUUCCAGGAAGAGGGAGAGGGUUUGCAUAAUGUGCACUGAAACAGCCUCAAGAUACUCAGUAUUUUGACUCGUUGGUCAGUGAGAUCCUACGUACUUUAAAUAACAAAUUAAUUCAAGAAAUAGUUACACAGCACUUGUUUUCUUCCUUUUAGGCGUUGCAUCCCCACCCCUUCAUAAAAACAGUUACAGGAUCCGAAGAUGGCAAUGAAAACGUUCCUUUUCCUUCAGCGUGUAGGCCUGAUAAAUGUAUUUCAUCAAAAUGUUAAGGUUUGGCGAACGGCAUGGAGAGAAACCAUCCCGUUUGCAGUUCGGGGGAGAAACGAAGUCAUUGGAGAAGUUACAAGUUGAUUAUUGACCCAGCGUUAAAAAAGGGAUCGCACAAACUGUACCGCUAUGAUGGACAGCAUUUUAGCAUGCCUGAUUCCGGGAUGCCACCCGUGGACAUGGUCAGGGAUCCGAGAAUCGGACGCCACUGGGCCAAGUACAAGGAGACCGACCUCCCGGUUCCAAUAUUUAAGAUUGACGACUGCUACAUUGGCCCUGUGCCUCCAAAGGAGGUGACAUUCGCCAGGCUAAACGAUAACAUAAGGGAGGGUUUUCUGACCGACAUGUGCAAGAAAUUUGGAGACAUUGAAGAAGUGGAAAUAUUGUACAAUCCGAAGAACAAGAAACACUUGGGGAUUGCUAAAGUCGUAUUCGGAGCUGUAAAAGCAGCGAAGGAUGCGGUGCAUAAUCUCCAUAACACAUCUGUGAUGGGCAACCUCAUCCACGUGGAGCUGGACCCUAAAGGUGAAAAUCGCCAGCGGUACCUCCAGCUCCUGAUCAAUGGCACUUACACUCCUCGGACUCUCCCGGUGGGGGGAGAGCCUCGUGGGGUGUCCCCCACCACAAUCGCAGAGGCGCUGGAGCCUGUCAUCAGGAGGCUGUCCGAGAGCAGUUCGUCGGUGGCGGGCGGAACGUCCACUCCCGGCACGGGCACCCCGCUCUCGCAGGACACGGCCUACUUCAGCCUGCGGCAGAACGAGACGCCGCAGUCGCAGAACACGCCCCUCAGCACGCCGCGGCAGUCGGGAACGCCCUUCUCUCAGGACUCCUCCUACUCCAGCCGGCAGGCCACGCCCACCCACCAGCCGGGCCGCGCGGCCGCCGCCGACGGUCCCGGGAGCGCCGGCUACAAGCAGCACCGGCGGCACGAGUCCAAGUUCCAGGACGCGUACAACCGGCGCACGGAGCGCCACUACGUGCACCAGCAGCAGCAGCCGUCGCUCCCCUUCAAGCAGCAGCCGCCCGAGCCCCCCUUGCCCUUCAGCCACACCCCCCCUCCGCCCGCCUCCGCCUUCAAGUCGGCGUUCUCUCCGUACCAGCAGGUGGCGCCCAUGCCCCCCUCCUACCCUCCGGCGGAGCCUCCGUACCCCCAGCCCGUCCAGCGGGAGGGGGAGUACCGCCGGGGGCAGCAGCCGCCGCUGCCCUCCACGCCGGACUUCGCCGCGCCGGGCCGAGACCGGCCCGAGACCCCCCCGGUGCCGGAGCCUCCGCCGGUCCCCACGGUCGGCCCGACGACGCCUCCUCCUCCGGCCCGCACGCCGUCGCCAUCCUGCGCCUCCCCCGGGUCCUCGCCGCCGCUGGAGUCGGAGCGCCACAGCCUGGACUCGCGCAUCGAGAUGCUGCUGAAGGAGAAGCGCACCAAGCUGCCCUUCCUGAGCGAGCGCGGCGGCGGUGGCGGGGGGGCCGGCGGAGGAGGAGGGGGAGACUCGGACACGGAGGUGCGCAUGGACGGCAGCCCCAUCUCCUCGUCGUCCUCGCAGCUCUCGCCCAUCCCGCCGUCGUCGUCGUGCGCGCAGCUGUCGCGGCAACCCUCGCGGCCGUCCAGCACGGGCCUGGAGGACAUCAGCCCCACGCCGCUGCCCGACUCGGACGACGAGGACCCGGUGCCGGGCACCGCCGCGCUGCUGCUCAACUCCAGAGCCAGCUCGCCCAGCAGCUCCCUCCUGGCCAAGAGCGCCUCCGCGGUGGACCUCAAGGACCGGCCACCCACGCCCACGGACAAAAUGGACACGGUCAACAACUCUUCGGGCGAGGACAUGGAGAUCUCCGACGACGAGAUGCCCGGCACACCGACGUCCGGCGACAAGGGCAUCGUGAUCAACUCCUCGGUGUCGCCGAUGCACUCGCAGGGCAUUUCUCUGGGCUACCCUCCUCUGCCCCCCCACCAGCCGGGCUUCCUGCCCCCCCCUCCGCCCCUGCCCCCACACUCCACCGUGCCACACUUACCCGGCCCUCCCGGCGUCCUACCGCCCAUGCUGCCCCCACUGCCUCCGUACCCGCCGGGCAUGAUGCACCUGAUGCCCGUGGACCUGGUGAGCUGCCUGCCGCAGUGGGGCAGCGUGAGCAUGUCCUUCCAGAUGCAGCAGCAGAUGCUGAGCCGCAUGGCGCAGAGCCAGCGGCACUACCCGUACCCGCACUACAUGAGUGGCGCGGGGGCUGGUGCAGCUGCUGCUGCCGCCGCUGCCGCUGCCGCUGCGGCCGGGACCAUGGCGUUCGGGGGGCCCUACGCACCCCUAUCCAUGGCCAGCACCCCCUCGGGGAGCGUGAGCCACGGGCAGCCUUGGUCCUUCCCGAGCAUACCCAAGUUCAACCCGGCCGUGCCGCCGCCAGGGUAUGAGCCCAAGAAGGAGGACCCGCACAAGGCCACGGUAGACGGGGUGCUCAUGGUGAUCGUCAAGGAGCUGAAGGCCAUCAUGAAGAGGGACCUGAACCGCAAGAUGGUGGAGGUGGUGGCCUUCAGGGCCUUUGAUGAGUGGUGGGAGAGGAAGGAGCGAUCAGCUAAGGCCUCCCUCACGCCGGUGAAGGCAGGCGAAGGCAAAGAGGAGGAGAAGGAGAAGCCCAAGCCCAAAGAGACGAUAGCAUCCAGCCUGCUGGAGAACUGGAACAAGGUGGAGGGCCUGGGCUACGAGGGCAUGGGCCUGGGAAUCGGCCUGCGCGGCGCCAUACGCCUGCCCUCCUUCAAGGUGAAGAGGAAGGAGCCUCCUGAUGCUGCUUCCACCGCAGACUCCAAGAGAGUUCGGCCCUCAACACCGGCUGAUGACGAGAUGGAGGAUGAAGAAUCCGAGCGGGCCGAUCUCCCGUCGGACGGGUCCAGGCAGGAUGGAGACGGGUCUUCAGCCCGGCGACGUCCUGUUCGGCCACUGGACAGUGAGGGAGAGGAGGAGGAGGAAGAGGAAGAGGAGACUUCUGGGAAGGAGGGAGAGUCGUCGGAUAGAGAGGAGGAUCGGGACGGAGAAGUCUCUGAGAGGCUCUCGUCAGGAAAGGAUGUUGAUGAUGAAGAGGAGGAUGAGGAGGACAGAGAAUCUGACUCCAGUGACAGUGAAUCCUCUGAUUCUUCUGAUGAAGAAGCUGCCAGCUCCGCGUCGUCCAAAGCGUCCUCGGACUCCUCGUCCGGCAGCGACUCCUCGUCCGACUACGAGUCCAGCUCGGAGGAAGAGGACGACGAAGAGAAAGACGCUCAGGUGGAGGUGGAGGUGGAGGAGGACGAGGACAAGGUCCGCAGCUCGUCCUCCUCCUCCUCGUCGUCGUCGUCCUCCGAGGAGGAGGCGGAGGCGGCAGCGGUGGCGGUGGCGGUAGAGGAGGAGGAAGAGGAGGAUGCGGCGGCGGUGGCGGUGGCGGCCGUGCUGGAGCCCAAGGGGCCCCGUUCGCCCCCGCUGCCGCCGCCGGAGCCCAGGGACGAGGCGCUGGAGAUGGCCACGCGGGAGCAGCAGAGGCUGCGCAUGGACCCCGAGGCCCAGCAGAGGGCCAUCCGCGAGGCCGAGGAGGCCGUGGGGUCACUGCGCUCCGGCAUGGACGACCUGCGGCCGCCCUCGCCUAAAGGAGUGCCAGAUGAGGAGCCGGAGAGUGACCUUGAGGUGCCCUUGCCAAAAGAGCACCUGGAGGACGAGGGAGUCCUGCGUCCCCCGACGCCCACCGGCUCUCUGGCCGACAGCGACCACGAGGUGCGGCCCAAGCCCAAGCCCAAGACCCGGCCCGACGAGCCCGAGGAGGUGCCCCGCACACCUGGACGUGAGCAGCAGCAGCAGCAUCACCAUCACCACCAUCCUCUUCAUCUUCAUCAUCAUCCUGCUGCCCUGGACUCGGACGGUGGCGCUCCACCCGCUCUGCCCGCUCUGCACCUCCCGCUGCCUCCGCUGCCUCCGCUCCCGUCUGGCCCGGACGCGGCCCGCUCCUCGCUGCAGCCGCUCGCUCCUCCUCCCCCGUCCCUGCCCGACCUCGUCCUGCCCGCGCGCCCGCGGCUGCCCACCGACGAGGAGCUUCCCCGCACGCCGGGCCGAGACCUGGCCGAGCGGCCGCGCGGGCUCCUGGGGAAGAGCGGGAGCGCCGACGGGGUCCCGGUGACGCCGGGCAGCGAGGGGUCCGUCGCCCACCUGGUGCUGGGGUCGCCGCACGUGCCCGGCAGCCCCUUCUCGUACCCGGCGCAGUCGCCCGUGCUGUCGGCCGGCAUCCCGCGCACGCCCGGCCGCGACCUCAGCUUCGGCCCGGUGUUCGGGAUCGCCGCGGACCCGGCCGCGCUCGCCCUCGCCUCCGCCGGACCCCCCGUCCAGCGCAAGACGUCGGCCUCGUCGGACGCGUCCGGAGGAGGAGAGGAGAGGGCCGGCGUCUUCAAGGAGCCUCCCGUGGCCUCCCUGCCGCUCCCGCUCCCGCUCGCGCCCUCGCCGUUCCCCGCCGCGCCACAGGAUGGCGCUCUCGGCUCCUACCCCACGCCGGCCGACCUCGCCAGCCUCGCCGGGCUGCCCAGAGACUCGCCCGCGCUGCCCCUGCCGCCGGACGCCACGCCGCCCAAGAGGAAGCCGGGCCGGCCCAAGUCCAAGAAGACGCCGCAGACGCCGACGCUGACGCCGCUCGGCCCCGACCAGCUGCUGCCUCCUCCCCACGAGCCUGCGCCGGGCACCCUGACCGCCCUGGCGUCGUCGUUGCCCCCGGAGACCCCACCUCUGCCCGGGACGUGCCCUGCCGUCGCCGUGGCACCAGACCUGCCGCCGGGCAGCGUGAGCGUGAGCGUGAGCGCGUCCAGGGAGCCGUCGGCCGUGGUGCUGGACUUCAGGGAAGAGGAGGAGGACGCAGCGCGGCCGCGGCCCCAGACGCAGACGCAGACGAUGAUGUCGGACAUGGAGCGCAUCUUCCGCGAGGAGGGCCACCUCCACCAGAAGACGCGGCGCAUGAGGAGAGGCUGGGAGGAGCUGCUGCAGUCCAUGCACUCGCCGGUCAGCUCGCCGCCCAAGCCCAGCUUCCUGCCGCGCUCCGACUUCGAGGAGAUGACCAUCCUCUACGACAUCUGGAACGACGGCAUCGACGAGGAGGACAUCAAGCACCUGCAGGUCACCUACGACCGCAUGCUGCAGCAGGACAACGGAGGCAACGACUGGCUCAACGACACGCUCUGGGUGCACCAUCCGCCCACCAAUCAGAACAUCCCGGGGGUGAAGCGUAAGCGGCGCGAUGACGUCAUGCGUGACCACGUGACCGGCAGCGCCCGCAGUGAGGGCUACUACAAGAUCGACAAGAAGGACAAGCUCAAGUACCUCAACAGCACUCGCCUGCCCUCGGACGAGCCCACGGAGGAGGAGACACAGGGUGUGCACAAGCCAGCUCAGCCCCACGCGUCCACGAGAGCAGGCUCAGAGAGGCGAUCGGAACAGCGGCGUCUGCUGUCCUCCUUCAGCUGCGACAGCGACCUGCUCAAGUUCAACCAGCUCAAGUUCCGUAAGAAGAAGAUCCGCUUCUGCCGAUCCGGCAUCCACGACUGGGGGCUGUUUGCCAUGGAGCCCAUCGCCGCAGACGAGAUGGUCAUCGAAUACGUGGGCCAGAACAUCCGACAGGUGAUCGCUGACAUGAGAGAGAAGCGCUACGAGGAAGAGGGCAUCGGCAGCAGCUACAUGUUCCGCGUCGACCACGACACCAUCAUCGACGCCACCAAGUGCGGCAACUUCGCCCGUUUCAUCAACCACAGCUGCAACCCCAACUGCUAUGCCAAGGUCAUCACGGUAGAAUCGCAGAAGAAGAUCGUCAUCUACUCGAAACAGCCCAUCACUGUCAACGAGGAGAUCACCUACGACUACAAGUUCCCCAUUGAGGACGUCAAGAUCCCAUGUCUCUGUGGAGCUGAGAACUGCCGAGGAACCCUCAACUAGAACCCUCAGCCCUCUAGAACUGAAACGGGAGAGGGGGUAGAACCCACGCCAAAAACGGUUGUGAAGAACCAGAGGUUCCGUUUGGAGGAACGGUGGCUGCGGAGCAGAGCAGAGCAGAACCUGGUCUUGUCCGACGUAGCGGAUAACGUGCAGCUAGGCGUCGAGAACUCUCAUGGAGAGAGAGACAGCGAAAACAACAACAAAAAAAAACUAAACACAUUAUGAUUGUUUACGAUUCCAGGUGCUUUUUCAGUGUAUGCAUACAGAUGACUCUUUACCCCCAGCCCCCCCCCCCCAGUCCCCCCCCUUCUGUGUCCGUCUGUCCCAGCCCCCCGACUCUCUCUGUGCUCUGGGUGUCCCAGUACAUUGGGAUGGAGCGUCCCCACUCAUUGUGUACUCUGGGUUUGGAGCGUUCCCACUCUCUCUGUGCUCUGGGUGUCCCAGUACAUUGGGAUGGAGCGUCCCCACUCAUUGUGUACUCUGGGUUUGGAGCGUUCCCACUCCCUCUGUACUCUGGGUUUGGAGCGUUCCCACUCUCUCUGUGCUCUGGGUGUCCCAGUACGUUGGGAUGGAGCGUUCCCACUCCCUCUGUACUCUGGGUGUCCCAGUACGUUGGGAUGGAGCGUUCCCACUCCCUCUGUACUCUGGGUUUGGAGCGUUCCCACUCUCUCUGUACUCUGGGUUUGGAGCGUUCCCACUCUCUGUCUGUCUCUCUGUGUGUCUGUUGCUCUUGUCACUGUGGAACACCCUCAAGCUGCUCGUUCUCUUAACUCUUUCACACGCACAAUGUUCCCAGUGCUAUGGCCACAGAGAGUUAGUAUGUGUGUGUGCGUGUGUGU